UCCGCUCCGCUCCGCUCCGCCGCAUCCGUCUCCCCCUCCAGUUCGGCCCUCCACCACCGCCAAGAUGCUGCUGUUGCUGCUGGGGAUCAUCGUGCUCCACGUCACCGUCCUGGUGCUCCUCUUCGUCUCCACCAUCGUUAGCCAAUGGCUGGUAGGCGGGCACACGGCGGACCUCUGGCAGAACUGCACCUCCGGUAGCGUCUUCCACUGCCUGACGUCGUCCACGAACGAAUGGCUGCAGUCUGUCCAAGCGAUGAUGAUCCUCUCCAUCAUCUUCAGCGUCUUGUCCCUGUUCCUGUUCUUUUGCCAGCUGUUCACGCUCACCAAGGGCGGGCGGUUUUACAUUACUGGAAUCUUCCAAAUCCUUGCUGGGCUCUGCGUGAUGAGCGGCGCGGCCAUCUUCACAGUGAGGCACACGGACUGGCACCAAGCCUCGGAAAACACCUCCUACGGCUUCGCCUAUAUCCUGGCGUGGCUGGCCUUCCCCCUGGCCCUCGCCAGCGGCAUCGUCUACGUCAUCCUACGGAAGCGCGAGUGAUGCCGCAGGAGGCAGCGUGGCGUGACAAGGGCACUCAUGACGUCCACGGAGGAGACGGAGGCGGGGGAAAAUAGACGAGAAAACGGAAAAGAAAAUUAACAAAAAAAAAAAAAAGAAAAAAAAAAAAGAAAAGGAAUAAACCCUCCCACCAAAACCAAACCCAACCGACCCCAAAA